AUGGAUUUAAAGGUUAGUAUUGCUGCUAAUAAAAAAACAUUACAAAGAAAGACUAAUACAAAUCUAUACAUUUUACAGGAAAUUAAAGAGGAAGAAACUAAAGAGGAAGAAAUUAAAGAGGAAGAAAUUAAAGAUGAAGAAAUUAAGGUGGAGGAAAUUAAGGUGGAGGAAAUUAAAGAGAAAAAAAUCAAAGAGAAAAAUAUUAAAGAGGAAUUAGAUUUUUAUAUGGCAACUUGGGAUGGUAUACGAACGAUUAAAAAAGAAUCUGGAAGAUAUAUACGAUCAUAUACUAAGGCAUGCGUUGAUAUCAUAAAAUUGAGUAGUUCUUCGGAUGAUAUAAAAAAAGUAAGUUAA